UCGUGUAUGAAAACGAAGUGAACAAGUCAUAUGUCAGCCGGUGCCUGCCGAUAUCCACGGACUGUCAUAGAAUCCGCUAACGUUGGUUAUGCCAUACAAGGCAUGGCAGACAAACAGGACAAUGAGGUGGAGGAGGCAGACCAGGUGUACCUGCUAAUGAAGGAGGAGUACCGUAUCUCACGCAACGUACGUCUGGCCUGGUUCCUGGGCAAGCUCAAUCAGGUCAUCUGGCCGGUUCCAAAGUCUGAACUGCUGAACUCAGAGAAUGAGCUGGACCUGCUCAGCAUCCUGCCCAAGGGAUGGCAGCCAGAUUUCUCCCCCUCCACCCUGCCCUACCUGCUGGUACCCUCCACCCGUGUCACCUUCCUGUCCCGCAGGUACCGCUUCAUCAUCGAGCUGGACCUCAGCCCCUCCACUGGCAUUGUGGAUGACAGCACAGGGGAGAUGAUAUUUGACGAGGUGUUCCAUGCCUUGUCACGAUGCUUAGCUGGACUGGUCCGACCCUUCAAAGUUCCAGGCACAGAUCUAUUAUUUCAGCCUGAAAUCUUCAUCACUAUCCUGGCUUAUUCCUCCAUCAUCGGGCUCAAUACACACCAGGUGCUGGUGCAGGGUUGUCAGCUGGAUCGUACAGACCUGGACAGUUUCCUACACCAGAUCUAUCAGCAGCUUCGGUCAGUGGAGAACAACAUAGCAGAGGUCCUACAACAACAUCACGGCCAUCUUCAACAGCAGCAUGACCAGGCAAGGGAACCAGGAGGGAAACUGGGGAAGAAACAUGGCGUUUCCAUGGUGACUGCAGACGUAGGGCUGGUCAGCAUGGUGCGACAGGGCAUCCUAGCUCUACAGCUGUUGCCCCCCAACUCCAUCGCAGGUGUAAUCAUAAUUACAGAUGGGGUGACCAGUGUGCCUGACGUGGCUGUGUGUGAGACCCUUCUGAACCAGCUCAGGAGUGGAACCAUCACCUGCUCCUUCAUUCAGGUGGGCGGGGCCUACUCAUACGACUGUAGUUUUGGGUACAUCCCUAACGUUGAGCUGAUGAAGUUCAUCUCCUUGGCGACCUUUGGCUCCUACCUGUCUAGCUGUCCUGAGCCUGACCUGGCCAGUCAGGACAUGAACACCUACCACAACGCCUUCCUCACAUACUCUUUCCUCAAGACCAGCGAGUCCAUGAACCCUGAGUACUACUGUGUGUCUCAGCACAAGCUGUUCAAUGAGCACCUGGUGUCAGCCCGUGGGAACCCUGCAUUAGUGAUGAGGAGGAAGAAGCACACAGAGAAGGAGGUGCACGCCCAUCUGGUCAGUGUGGUGUCGGUCAGACUGAGAGAGGGAUACACCAUCAGGGAGAUCAACCUUACCAAAGGUGGGACCCAGCUGGAGGUGAAGCUGGUGUUGCUAUGGAAACACAACAUGCAAAUAGAGUACCUAGCGGUGGCCCAGUGGCCCCUGGACCCUGUCAAGAGGACCACCUGGGUAGAGGUCACCAUGGAGGGAAGCUACGACAUCCUCCAUGAUAUCAGCUGUACUCUGAGGAAACCCAUCACCUCUCCAUACCGCACCUCUGUCAUACGACGAUUUUGGAACACACUGCAGAGUAUAAACCAGACGGAUCAGAUGCUGGUCCACUUGCAGUCCUUUAACUCUCUCCCAGAGAAUUACACCAUACCUGAGAGCACCAAGAACGGAGUUCCUCUCUUCUACAUCCCCCCUGGAUCCACCAUGCCGGUUCUCUCCCUACAGCACAGUUGCUCUAAAGACUCCUCCCAGUCCCAGUUUGCCUCAUACUGGAAGCCCAUCCUGUUCAUGGAUGCACACUUCUGGCAGAGAUGGCUUCACAUGCACCGCAUCACCAUCAUCCUGGAGCACGACAUGCCUUUGCCCAAGCACCUUCACACUGCCGGUAGUAACGGGCGGUUUGGCACCAUCCAGUGUCGUAUCUCUCACUCAGCCCUCACCUCCCUACUGAGGGACUGGAGCAGCUUCGUUCUGGUGGAGGGAUACUCAUACGUCAAGCUCAUAUACAGUGCCUCUGACCAGCCCCCCAACUCCUUCUAUCUGGUGCGUCUGAUCUCCAAGCUCCCAUGUAUGGUUCUGAGGCUGGGCUUUCCUAUCGGCACCCUGGCCCACACCAGGAACAAGAUAGUGGAUGAGUUGCGGGAGCAGAUCCUGAGGCUUCGCUUCCCUCAGCGCAUCCGGAACAAGGAGGCUACGCCCAAGAGGAAGAUUCUGGGGCACGCCUCCCGCUCCAAUUCCCCUCCUCUCCCUACUUCCAAACCUGCGUUGUCUGACCGGCCAUGUAUGGUUGUCCUCAACAAACCUCUGGAGAAACUGCUCAUCAGCUACGAUAAGCUCCCGUCAGACUUCCGGAUGCCCUUCAUUCUGAACAUGGAGAACUUCACCCAGCUCCCCAGAAUGACCGCGCCCCUCAGUAUGGCAGCCAAUCGCGCAGCCUCGUCCACCCUAGCGUCUCUUUCGCGCUACUUUCUCCACCAGCGCUGGGUCUGGACGGUGCAGGGCGGCCUUGGAUCUACCGUUCCCCUGCAGGCUGUGGCUCAUAUACUGUCCAUGCUGUCUGAGAUUCGCCUCUCUGAGGGCUUUCAUUUUGCUGCCAGUGGAGAUGGCGUAGUCAACAUGGUGACUGAACUGCCAAUGAAGGGGAUGCCAGAGGCGGUGGACGGAGAGAGUCACACCUGUAUUGUCCAGUAUAUCCUGUUUCCACCUCACUCCACCUCUACCAAGGACAGUUUCUCCACAGACGAUGACAAUGAUACAGAGGUGGAGGCCAUCGAUGUGGACACAGGGCUCAACCUGGUGACCGAGUGUUGGGUUGAGCCUCAGAGUAGGACAGUAUGGAGCCCCAGAGACCAACACAGACACUUCCAGGAGCUCACCUACCAGGAGAUACCCCAGGCGAUUUUCCCCCGGGAUCUGGCCUCUGUGUCCACCAUGAUGACGUUUGAGUACCUGAGCCAGCUGUGCCAGAACAAGGAGCAGGUGUACCCUCCCGUCGGGGCAGGGGACCCCCCACCCUCUGAGGACUGCAUCCACACCAUUCCCUUCCAGUUUGACCUCAUUGAGCUGCUGCCCAAGUGCCAACAGAUAGAGAUCUUCUUCCUCACUCUCAGCAGAGUGGAGAAUGAGGUGUCCCAGGGUGCCCCCUACCUGCCCAACGAGCUCCUGCUUAGUCUGUUCCACAGCAGCUUGCAAAACGAGCUCAGUGACCGGGAGAUCACAUUGGUUGACCAUGAGAACGUCACCUUCAUGCAUCACAUCUUAGACAGGGAACGAGACGGACAUAUUGCACCCUUCUCUCUACCUGUCAUCAGAGAGGAGUGCCUGAAACCUCCAGAGAGACAGGACACGGUGAUGUCAUUCCAAACUAUAGAGAACAGUAAAGAAGUGACUGGAUCCACCAGUACCCUGCAGAGUUUCAGCAAUGCAGACCUGGUGGACGAGGAGUCAGUCCCAGUGGAGAGGGAUGGGUCUACCCCUCAGUGGAAGUGUUACGCCAAGUACAUCAGCCCCCAACAGAUCCUCCUCACCUUCCUCCCUGACACCUUCACAGAUGUCCAGAUGUUGAUGUCAUCUGGGCUGGAUACAGAGCCCCAGGGUAAUGGAGAAGAUGAUGACACCCUGAUUAUCAGCAACAAAUCACAGGCCGAUUCUCACGCUGUCUCCACCAAUGGGCUGGAUGGUGGGUUGACUGGCGAGCUGAUGUCCCCUCUGCUUUCCCCUGGUGGUGGUGGUCCUGUGGGACCCCGGUCGCGCCUGCUCUCCCCUGGAUCUGGGAGCUCCACGAUGGAGCAUGACAACUGGGAGAGCCGGCCCUCUGAGCCAGAAAAUGGCACUAAAGGUGUGGAUGAGAGGGAUGGGGUGCAGUUUGCUGAGCCCCAGAAGGGAGACUUCCACAUCACGUUCAGUAGCCAGGUGUCCCAGCAGAGCUCAGGGGACCUGUCUCAUCCGUGCUGCCCUGUAUACGUCUAUAACUGUUCCCUGGACUCUCUGAAGGACCAGCUAGUCCAUCCCCACUUCAACAGGCAGCCAAGGGACAUCUUCUUCAGGUCUCUAUCUCAGGAACGCAGCAGCACCUCCUCCUGGACAGACCUGAUGUCGCAGCCUCAUAAACACAAGGAACUGGCCAACUACUGCAGCCUGCUACAGGAGCACUACAACCACAGCUACGUCAAAGGUGUGUACCGCAGCCUACAGCAGUCCUACAACAUCAGUUCCCAGGACGUGUUGACAGCCAUGUACUACUGUGAGGAGUCUCUCCAGGAGAUAGACAUCACUUCCUUCCUCCAGACACUCUGCGGACACAUCCGGGAGUUCCAGGAGAGCCAUGGAGACGGAGGGGUAAGGGUUCACAGCAGCACCCCUUCCACCUUCACCAUCGGAGAUGCAGAGGAGGACCGGGUUGCCAAGAGGGGACCCAUGGCCUCCUCAUCCAGGUACUACUGGGACCUACAGAGCUGUUAUCCGUUUAAAAAAGUUGAAAUACUUGACUGGUAUGUUGUGUGCUUGACUGGUAUGUUGUCUCCGGCUGGAGCAGCCUUUAUUGAGAUGGAGGACGUGAGUGAGGCAGAGUCCAGAGGGAAGACUUUGGCCCCCACCUCCUGGCUAGGCCUGGACGAACCCCCCAGGACCACCAGGAUACCAGAGUUCCCUCUGUCCCUCCUCUACCUGCAGCAGAAGUGUGAGGUCUUCCCUGACCUGCACAAAAUCAUACAGUACUCUGAUGGGGAAGAGAAGAGACAACCUAGUGAAGAGCAUGUGUCAGAGGCUGUGCCUGCUACAGAGGACGAGUACAUGUCGGGAUGUUGCAUUGUGACGGAGAGCGACACAGACCUGGAGGUGGAGUACCAGGAGAGGGCUGGAGGCCGGAGAUCCCUAGGGGCAGACAGAGAGGGGGAGGCAGGGGGAGAGUGGGAGGAUGAGUCCCUGUCUGACUCCAACACAGUGAACCAGGACGAUGUCUCCUUCAGAAUCCUAGAGGGAGACAGCCUGUUGGAGCCAGAGGGGCCACAGCCUGAGAUGCCCCCACUGUUCAUCCACCUCACCUGCUCUGUUAACAUGAAGAGUUGCCACGGAUCCAUGCCCAUAACCACGCUACCCACCUGCCUGGGUGAGGUGAUCACGUGUCUGGAGAAUGCAGAGGCCCUGCAGGCUGUGAAUCUGAAUAAUCUGUCUGUCACACUGGACAUCUUUGUUCUCACCUUACCCCUGGAGAUAGAGGACAUGCAAUCAGACUUUAGACACAACAGGUACACGUCAGAGAGCAGUGUGUCUCUGAACCGUUCUCCAGAUCAGCCCUCUUCCUACCGCUCUGAUGAGGAUGUGAUGGGCAACCUGGACAGAGUAGUAGAGGUCGACGGGGUUGGAGGAGACUCUUUGUCCAAACUCCCAAUUCCCCACAAACUAGCCGUGUUAGCCGCCAUGGAGGAGAUCCGUUGGCUCCUAGAGGAUGAGAUUGUGUCAGCUCUGCGUCACUCCCGGGUCAUCAGCUCGUCCACGCUACAGAAGGUGGCGGGUCACGUGCUUCGCUCAGGCGGGCGACCACGCUGCCACUUUGAGGUCGUUCCCUUGCAGUUUGUCUUCGGCCCUGAGCAGUCCCUGGAAAAGUUCAAAGAGGAGUUCCGUAGGAUGUCAUUCUCAGGUUACUUGCUGAAAGGAGAGCAGGACAACUUCCACUACAUGUCUCUGAGUAGACUCCACCCACAGCGCAUCCAGGCUUCUAUGAGGCUGUCUGAGAGCACUGUUAACACUGAGGGGGCGGGACAGGCCACCCAAACCAACAAUCACUGUGCUGAUGUGGACGACAGUGCCAGGGCUCCGUCCCAUCAUGGUGCACCAGGAAGAAGACCUGACCACGGAACAGAGGUGGAGAGGGUGGAGCUAGACUGUGAGGUGCAGGGAGAAGAGAAGAAGCCUGCUGUCGGGGAUGUUAGUGAUUAUGGUAGUGACCUAGCCCAGGACCCCUGCAACCCUCCAGCCAAACCCACCCGGGAUGACUCCGAGGAGGGCCCCAGACCUCGGUUGAGCUCAGCCGGUGCAACCUCCACAGCCGCUGGGGAUGGACCUCGGGAGAGUUCUGUUGGUGUCUCCACCGGCCGACCCCGACUGAGCUCUGUGGGCAGAGGAGGAGAGGUGAUAGGACCUCAGCUGAGCUCUGUAGGCUCCUCCUUCACGGCCAUGAGGGAUCAAGGCCAACCCAGCACCCCUCACCUCAAGCCCAGCACCAGCACCGACCGCUCCUCAGAAAACACCAAGACCCCAUCCGCAGUCAGCCUGGCCGAGUCGGUGCAUUCCACCACCCACAGUAGUGGCAAGCUGAGGCCCAGCAGAGUACAGAGUGUGGUCUCCAGUCAAGGAAGCCUGGACUCUGACAUGCUGGGUUAUGAUGGUGGCAGCAUUGACUCUGAAUGUGAGAGCCCCACUAUAGAAGAACAGGAGUCCCAGUCCCCCCUGCUGCCUGACUUCUGGCUCAUCGUUAAGGUCCACCAGGACAAAGUAGAGGUGUACUCCCACUCCAGGAGCUUCAACGAAGGGAAGGAGGACGGAGUAGGGGAGGAGGAGGAGGUGCCAGAGUACUUACAGUUGCGUCAGAUGGUGGUGAGGAAGAUUGGGGAGAUCUGCCGUAUAGUCAAUCAGCGUCUGCUACUCCAGGACCUCAAUGACAGCCACGUGUGUAACUCUCUUCUGGUGGCAGAGAGUGAAGAGGAUAUCUGGAAGAACGAGUCCCUGUACAGACAGAGACUGGCCAACUCUGAUGAUUACAAUGCUGAGAACUACCAGCCGCGGGACUACCUUGCUGCCACCAUGCAGUUCAUCCCAGGUCACUUUGCCUGUGAGGUGGUGUGGAGCACCGUCAUCCACAUCCACCCUCGCCUCAAAGUGGGACCCAACGUAGGUGUGUCCAGGGCUAUCCAGGCUCUGCAGUCAGUGCUCAACGCCUUGUGUGUGGUCAACAGGAAGAGCAUGUUUGUCUAUCAGGAGCGCACUACCAAAUCAGUCUUCUACCUGAGACUUUGUGAGACAUCUCAAACAGGGAAGUACUCUGACCUGGAUGGCAGCCUACAGCCCAUGUCUCGCUGUGUUGGUCUCGCCCGGAGCCAGGAGCCCCUCUUCUCUGAGGAGUUCACGGGCUCCCGGUCAUCUCUGGAAGGUCCCCGUCCAGUAGGACAGGUGGACAAACACAUCCUGUUGCUGGUGCAUGGAGUGGGAACUGCUGGUCCAGAGAUCACAGAUGAGCUGGUGAAGGUUCUGAGGAAGCGUCUGGAUGAGACCACCCUGGACAUCAUCACCAUCAUGCUGGGCAGGAACUGCAAACUCACCCCCGCUGACGUGGAGUUUAUCCAGCCAUCAGGCUCUCCAGCCACAGAGGUGAUGGAGUUUACUCUGCCGCAGUGCUUCAUGCCCUGGACCCCUGCUGUGGCCCACUACCUCAGGCAGAACCUGCUGAUCUUCCUCCACAUCCCCAAGUACACAGACAGCUACGUAGAACACCACUUCAAGCACUACUUCUGUCAGAGCAGAGAGCUUCCUGACUCUGAUAUCUACCUCUACAAUAAGCCUGGGGGCCAGGGGACCGGAGGGAAAGGUAUUGCCUGUAUCGCGCUGUCGUUCGUAGACGCUGAAGGAUGCCCCCUGCAGGUUCCUGCCCACAACUGCACCACACCACCCAGAGGAGAUCCCUCCAGCAUCCUCCUACAGCCAGAACAGUUUGACACCCUGACAACUGUCAUUAAGGUGGACUCCAACUACCUCAGCUCAGGGUCAGAGAUGAGGGUACGUUUUGACAUUUGGGAGCAAGGUAACGUUUCCCCCCUGCAGCUGACUGACAAACUGCGAGGAGCCCUGCGCCACACCCUCUGUGAUGUCAUCAUGGAACUGAGGGUCCUGCCCAAUCCGCUGUGUCUGGAGACGUUCCUUACCACACCUGGGAGAGGUCAGAGAGAAGACACAACUAACGGUCAUUUAAGUUCUCCAUUGGAAGUGAAGGAAUUUAAGGACAGCUUGAUGUCUUGUAGUGGCUCUAGGAGUGUUAAGAACAGCCCCUCCCCCAUCACUCUGAUCCCUCCCCCCUCUGGGACCAGCCCCAACACUGGACCAAGCACCCCCGAGUCUACCACACCCACUGGCAAGACCACCCGCCGAAGCUUCUGGGAAAUACUGAGCAAGCCAGACUCAUCUGAGCUGGGGAUCCCUAAGACGACAGACGACAUCGUUCAGGAGAAGGGGGAGGAGGGUCGGACACGUAGGAGACACAAGACGGAGAACGUGAAGCAGCAGUGGAGCCAGGAGAGGUCCAUGGCUGUAGAACUGGAGCAGGCCCAGAGGAGACAUGUCUCCCAGCUAGAGGUGGGGAACGUUGGGACCCUACACCCUCUGUAUCAGGUCACCUGUCAGCCCUGGAUCACCUUCAUGGCUAAAGUUGGAUGCCCGUCCAUUCAGCAGUGCACCGCUGAGAUUGCCUCCCAGUUCCUGCUUCCUCCCAUCCUGACAGAGAUUGGCAAUCUGGUCACCUCCCUGGCCAGUGACACCACAGUCAAGGUGUUCGAGAGGACGAGUUGUCCCCAAGGAGACAUCUUUGUUCCCAUGCCCCUGAUCCAACACCUCAGCCAACCACCUGCCACCUCUAGAACCUUCAUCCUCAUUGGAAGGAACUUCCACCAGUGGCAUUGCUGCACAGAGCAAGCUCAUAAAGGCUUCCAGCGCUUCGAGGCCUUGGAGCAGUCUGAUUGGUUCAGCCCAGGGCAGUCCUGGAGGGGUGUGGCCCCAAGGCAGAGGUUUCUCCUCAUACACAUCCUGAAGAAGAAGGUGACCCUGUACACCUAUAACUGGUCAGUGGACCUUGGAGCCUCUCUGAACCGUGGGCUGGUGAGGCUGGUCCAGUGGCAGAAUGCCAGGGCCCACGUUGUCCACUGUCUCCUCAACCAGAAGAUGGGUCUCUUCCACCACUGCUGCUUCUCUGACACACCGGCCCACGCAGACCUCAAACAGGAGUCCAACCCGUUCAUCAACCCGACCAUUGAGGCCGAUGCACUGCUGAGGAGCCCGGUGCCCGGCAAGGACCAGGGCAAGCUGUCUAGCUCUGGCCGCUCCCUGGCCCCCCUCCACUUCCCCUCGGAGCUGGUGCCCUUUGACGAGGCCCUCAGGGACUUGGGGACGGGCCGACCCCUGGCCAGCACUCAGGACGGGGCUGACGUGGUGGCUCGGCACGGGACCCAGCUACUGGAGGUCAAGGCUGCAGAACGCAGAGAGAUGGAGAAGCAGAUGAAGAUUGAGAACCUGUUUGUGACUUGGCAGCAGAGGUCAGCGCAGUCCAACAUGCCCAUCUCAGCAGUGGACUUGGACACUCUGAAGCAGUCGUCCAGACUAGUGCACUACUGCGCCACCCCUCUGCUCUUUGACCCCGUGUUCAGGAAGCAGAUCCAGGAAGAGCAGAUUGUCCAAACUCAACAGGUCAAGAAGCGUCAUCACUCCAGUGACUCCAUGGCGUCUGGCAGGAACCGUAGCUACAGCACAGACUCAGUUGACAAACUGCCCAGCCGGCUGAGAGAGGGGCCCUGGUUGCAGGACAUCUCUAACACCUUCCUCCAGCAGUAUGUCCAGUACCUCCAGAGUAUGGGCUUCAUCCUGGUCCAGGUCCGGCCACAGUCCCCAGCGCGCAGCAUCCCCAGGGCCCGGGCAGCCAUGUUCAGCUCAUUGUCGUCAGAGAGGCAGUCCUUCUCCUAUAACAAAACCAGGAGUGAGGACAGCCCUAAGAGCACAGGGUCGGAUAUUACCGCGUACUACCUCCAGAGGGCGCUGCCAGGGGGCAUUGUAUUGAUGGAGCUUGCCUUUCAGAAGCGUCAUCACUCCAGUGACUCCAUGGCGUCUGGCAGGAACCGUAGCUACAGCACAGACUCAGUUGACAAACUGCCCAGCCGGCUGAGAGAGGGGCCCUGGUUGCAGGACAUCUCUAACACCUUCCUCCAGCAGUAUGUCCAGUACCUCCAGAGUAUGGGCUUCAUCCUGGUCCAGGUCCGGCCACAGUCCCCAGCGCGCAGCAUCCCCAGGGCCCGGGCAGCCAUGUUCAGCUCAUUGUCGUCAGAGAGGCAGUCCUUCUCCUAUAACAAAACCAGGAGUGAGGACAGCCCUAAGAGCACAGGGUCGGAUAUUACCGCGUACUACCUCCAGAGGGCGCUGCCAGGGGGCAUUGUAUUGAUGGAGCUUGCCUUUCAGGGUUGUUACUUCUGUGUGAAGCAGUAUGCUCUGGAGUGUUCACGCAUCCCCAUGGGACAGACCGUCAACUCUCAGCUCUCCAUGCUCUUCACGGAGGAGUGUGAUAAGGUGAUUGGCCUGAUGCAUGUGCAUUCGUUCAGCUAUGACUUCCACCUACGGGUGGUUCACCAGUCCCUGGUGGGCUGUCACAUGACCCUGCAGCAGGGAUACCGGCUGACCAGCUUCCUGGAGGACUUCAUAGCUCAUCACCCUGACAUCCCCAAGUUCAGACGAAACCACGUCUUCCAGGGGAGUUUCUCCAUCUCUACGGGGAUGAUCACAGCUCACCAGCUGUAUAACUACAUUACUGACCAUGCUGUCACCUACGGCAUGAAGCCCCUUCGCAUGUCCAAGGCUGCAAUGACCAGCGAUGGCAAGAAGGGGGCACCACCCAGCAGUGACCUGCAUGAGUACGGUCUGGUUGCACUGUGGAACAGCUCGGGCUCUUACAAGGACCUUGAAGGCCUGCGUCACCAUGACGAUUUUGACGUGUCCCUGCUGGUGUGUCACAAUGCCGCUCCGUUUGAGGAGCAGUCGGAGGGAGAGAGACAUCUGCUGAGGCUGCGUUACUACGUGAUAAUGACCAGCCAGAGAGAGCUGUUCCCCCGGCUGACGGCUGACAUGCGUCGCUUCAAAAAGCUUUCCCAGAUACACUGUGAGGUCAGCGACCUGGCAGGAAGGGUUCCCCCUGAGAGAGGUACAGGACCAGGCGGGGUAUUGGACCUUGAACUGGACCUCUGGGAGGAGACCCCCCCUGCAGCCUCAGCCCCAGACACCUUCAUCUCUACCCCCAGCGUUGGGAACGAGUUUUAUCCCCUGACUGGUCCCCAAGGGUCUGGGGCCCAGGGUCUCCUCUACCCCUCUCAUCUGUUCCCCCUGCUCAACCAGGAGGUGGGCUGUGCGCAGAGCCAGAUCCAGGCGAGCGUGGAACAGGCCAUGGGCCACUGUCGCAGGGACAACCUGUGGAGGAGGCUGUUCCAUGGAGAACACCAGCACCUGGCCAUGGACAAGCUCAAGCUGAGCAAACUUUCCUUCAGCGAACUGGAGGAGCUCCUCAACGCAGUGCAGAGUCAAUCUGUAGGGGAGAUCGACCCCCAGCUGGGUUGUUUCUUGACCAUGAGUCCCAGCUGGUACCAGAGUCUGAUCAAAGUGCUGCUGACUCGCUUCCCUCAGAGCUGCCGACACUUUGACCAGAGUGGCAUUCAGUAUCUGGCUGUCCUGAACCAGAAAUUCACUGACUGCUUUGUUCUGGUCUUGCUUGAAAAUCAGGCAGGAAAAACGAGCCUCAAGGUUGUAUUUAGGGAGCCAUUGCCAUCCCAACCGCAGCCUAGGAACAGCCCCUCGCCUCAGCUGGUGUCCAUGUACCAUCACCUGGAGUCUGUGAUCAACACAGCCUGCUACAACUUGUGGACAGGCCUGCUGUAGGCCUGGAAGGCCAAUCAGGGCCAGGUGGGCCACAGAGAAACAGGCUGCUGGGAGGUGUAGUUCCAGACAGGCGGCUUCAUUUAUAGGCCGUCUUGGCAUGUGGGACACAAAAAAGGAUGUUAUUGUUGAAAAGUGCUAAAUCAGCGAAUCAAAGAGUUCACAUGUCAAAGCUUCCUGUGCAAUGUAUCAGUGUUUUAUUCAUUCUACCACUGGGAGAAAAGAUACACACUAUUGUUAAAGGGAUAGUGCAAGAUUUUGGCAAUGAAGCUGUACCUGUAGACUUCCAGUCAUUGCGCUAACACUAGUUAGGCUCGCAAAACUACCUUCAACUUCCUUCAAACUGCACGCAGAGACAUAGAAAUGGCAUCUGACAUUGCAAAAAUCUUGCACCAUCCCUUUAAAGAUAUGACCUUACCGGCUUGUGUCACCCGGCCUGUGUUUUGGUAAAAAGCUGAGGGAUGUGCCUGGAAAAAUUGGUAUCAAAAUUAUAGUUUUAACUUGU